AAGUGGCAAUCCAAGUUACUGAAGUCAAGUGUGCGCCUUAAAAAGGAUAAAUACAAGAUGGAUCGGGAUAACUCCGUUAUUUGUGGCGAACAACAACUAAUAUUGCUAAUAAUGAGACCAGCUCAGCUCGUCGUCGUCUUGUCAUCAACAAAUGUAGAAGAAAGAAAGAAACUUACCGUAAUACGAACCAAAGCAUUAUUACCAAGGGAAGUUCGUUUUCUGUCUUUUGGACUUGUCAAUCUACUAACCUUUCAAGGCUGGUGUUGGGGGCACCCCUUAAACUCUCAAAUCUUUAUAAAAAUUUCGUCAAUUUGAUCGUUUUUGAUCUGGUUGAUCGAACUUUUUUUUGAGGUUUAAGGGGAUCCCGAUCCUGUGCUUUUUCUUCUUUCCUUUCAAAAUCUCUCUCAGGAUUAUUACUUUUGAUAAUUUUGCCCGGGAAAAAAAAAGUCGAGAGAGAUGUGGGGAGGCGUAGGUGAGCCAGCAGAUUCUUACUACCAGGUUCGUCCUGAGUGCACCGAUGUCCCCAAGACCAGAUUCAAAAUCAAGCCUGGUAAAACUCUAAGUGUAAGAAAAUGGCAGGCUGCGUUUGUUCAAGAAGGCUCUCUCGAUAUUGGCAAGACUCUUAGACGAAUCAGAAGAGGGGGAAUCCAUCCAUCAAUUAGAGGUGAAGUAUGGGAAUUCCUACUUGGCUGUUAUAAUCCAAUGAGCACAUUCGAAGAAAGAGAGCAAACCCGACAACGCAGAAGAAUGCAGUAUGCUUCUUGGAAGGAGGAGUGUAAGCAAAUGUUCCCUGUCAUUGGAAGUGGAAGAUUUAUUACUGCUCCUGUAAUUACUGAAAAUGGUCAACCCAACUAUGAUCCUCUUGUUCUUCAGGAAAUAAAUCUAGGUACAAACUCAAAUGGUUCAGAUUUCUUUAAAGAGCUCACCAGUCGUGGACCUCUUGAUAAGAAAAUUAUUCAAUGGCUACUAACACUUCACCAGAUAGGUCUUGAUGUGAACCGUACAGACAGGACCUUGGUGUUUUAUGAGAAAAAGGAGAAUUUGUCAAAGCUCUGGGAUAUUCUGUCUGUUUACGCCUGGAUAGACAAUGACGUUGGGUAUUGUCAAGGAAUGAGUGAUCUUUGUUCCCCUAUGAUUAUUCUUCUUGAGGACGAAGCUGAUGCCUUUUGGUGUUUUGAGAGGCUUAUGCGUCGAUUGCGAGGAAAUUUCCGUAGCACUGGGAGAUCUGUUGGAGUUGAAGCUCAACUUACUCAUUUGUCUUCAAUUACUCAGGUUGUUGACCCCAAACUUCACCAACAUCUAGAUAAACUGGGUGGAGGUGACUAUCUCUUUGCUAUUCGGAUGCUAAUGGUUCAAUUCCGAAGAGAAUUCUCAUUUUGCGACUCUUUGUUCCUUUGGGAGAUGAUGUGGGCUCUCGAGUACGACCCCGAUCUUUUUGAUGUUUAUGAAGCGCAUCAAUGCGGGAGUGAGAAAACCGAAGGGUUCAAGGGUAAAACGAAGUCAAUUAAGCAAUGUGGAAAGUAUGAGAGACAAAACAUGAGGAAUGGAGGGAAAACUGCAGAAGGUCCUUUGCCUAUAUCUGUAUUCCUAGUGGCCAGUGUCUUGAAAGACAAGAGUUAUAAGCUAAUGACAGAAGCUCGUGGACUCGACGAUGUUGUUAAGAUACUUAACGACAUGACUGGGAACUUGGAUGCCAAAAAAACAUGCUCAGGAGCCAUAAAAAUUCACAAGAAAUAUCUAAGAAAGGCUAAGAAAUAGCAUUGGGGAACAUUCAUGAUUCUGCUGGUAUAGACCUGCAGAAUCAUGUGAAGCUUUUCGUUUAUUUGAUUUGUUAUUUACGCAGUUCGAUACAAAAGGAUAAGGCGGGAAAUCGACUGUCAGAUUUUGGCGAUCUUCUUUGUAUGUAAGCUGGAAGAAUCUUGGAGCUUUGAGUUACCCUUAACACACACACACACACUCACACAUACAACAACAAAAAAGAAACAUAAUUUGGAUGCUGUUCAUAAAAGUAAAUGUUGCAUCCCUCAAAUGUAUACAAAUUUCUUUCUUUUUUUUUGUAUUUUUACCAAAAGGGGAAAGAAAACGAAAGAGACUGUUCCUAUGUAUACAAUGCUCAUUUCUUGUUAUAUGCAACGACGAAAUACCUGACG